AUGCCCGUCACGGCUUCCCGUGCCGUGCUGCGGCAAUCGCAGUUCCUGACCCGCAGAACCGCGGUCAGAUAUGCCUCCAACACCUCUGAGGCCGCCUCAAAGGCCAGUCAGACUGCCUCCUCUGCUGCCUCGAAGGCCUCCGAGGGUCUCUCCCGUGUCACUUCGACGGCUGGUCCUGCGAUCUCGAACGCUGCUCAGGGUCUCGGUAGCGCUCUGAGGAAGGUCGGUGGAAGAACCGGGAAGGUCAUUGCCUUUGUCGACUCUUUGAUACCCCCUACUAUCUAUUACUCGAAGGUCGGCCUCGAGCUCGCUAAGCUGGUAUUCCGUGGCCAGAACAUGACUCCUCCCAACCUGGCUACCUUCCAGGCUUACUUCCAGCCUCUGGUUAACGCUGCUCGCAACCCCGCCAACCUCAAGAACUUCUCUCCCCAGAACAUCAUUUCCCGGGUUCGCAAUGCCAACAAGAAGGAGCUUGCUUUCGCUGGUGUUACCGCCGCCGAGGUUAUUGGUUUCUUCACCGUCGGCGAGAUGAUCGGUAGAAUGAACAUUGUCGGCUACAGGGGCCACGCCGAUCACGGCGACCACCACUAG